ACCGUUUGAAAACCGGAGAGCUCUGCUGGCGUCUUGGUUUACCGCCUGAGUUGGUGGCCGCCAGAGCGGGAGAGGGGGAGUUUCGUCGGCCGAGAUGGCUUCCAAAAGGAGAACUCUGAGCUUUAGUGAAAGGCAUCAGAAAUUAGUAGAUGUAAACUAUUGCAAAAAAUUGCAUGUCGAGGCACUACAAAGGCUACAGAAUCAAAUCAGGGACCAAACGGUGCAGAAUGAGAAUGAUGACCGGGCUGAGCACAAAAGGUUCCUCAGAUUAUUACAGAAUGAACAAUUUGAGUUGGAUAUGGAAGAGGCCAUUCAAAAGGCAGAAGAAAACAGAAGAUUGAGGGAGCUCCAGCUUGAACAAGAAGAAAAAUUGGCUAUGGAAUUGGCGAAACUUAAACAUGAAAGUCUAAAGGAUGAAAAGAUGAGGCAACAAGUAAGAGAAAACAGUAUUGAGCUGAGAGAAUUGGAGAAGAAAUUAAAAGCAGCUUACAUGAGUAAAGAAAGAGCAGCUCAGAUUGCUGAAAAGGAUGCUGUUAAAUAUGAACAAAUGAAACGUGAUGCCGAAAUAGCCAAAACUAUGAUGGAAGAACACGAGAGAUUAAUAAAGGAAGAGAAUGCUGCAGAGGAAAAACGAAACAAAGUAAAAGCACAGUACAGUCGUGACUUAGAGAAACAACUUGAAGAACAAGAAAAGAAGAAGCAGGAAGCUUAUGAGCAACUGCUGAAAGAGAAACUCAUGAUUGAUGAAAUUGUUAGGAAAAUCUAUGAAGAAGAUCAAUUGGAAAGACAACAAAAGUUAGAAAAAAUGAAUAUAAUUCGAAGGUAUAUAGAAGAGUUUAAGAAAGAGCAGGCUCUCUGGAGAACAAAGAAACAUGAGGAAAUGGAAGAAGAAAACAGAAAAAUCAUAGAGUUUGCCAAGAUGCAGCAACAAAGAGAAGAAGAUCGGAUGGCAAAAAUUCAAGAAAGUGAAGAAAAAAGGCUACAGCUUCAGAAUAUGCUGACUCAGAGAUUGGAGGAAAUGCUGCGGCAACGUGAAGAUUUAGAACAAGUGCAACAGGAAUUAUACCAGGAAGAACAAGCAGAAAUACAUAAGAAGAAACUAAAAGAAGAAGCAGAAAAGAAAUCAAGAAAGCAAAAGGAGUUGAAACAAAAUUUUAUGGAACAAAUGGCCUUGAAGGAACUAGUACUUCAGGCUGCAAAAGAGGAAGAGGAGAUCUUUAGAAAAGCUAUGCUGGUGAAAUAUGCUGAGGAUGAUCGAAUAGAAUUAAUGAAUGCUCAGAAGCAAAGAAUGAAGCAACUAGAACACAAGAGGGCUGUGGAAAAACUUAUUGAAGAGCGUCGCAACCAGUUCCUUGCAGAGAAACAACGUGAACUGGAGGAAUGGCAGUUGCAGCAAAGAAGGCAAGGAUGUAUUAAUGAAAUUAUUGAAGAAGAAAGACUAAAACUUCUCAAAGAACAUGCUACAAAAUUACUAGGAUAUCUCCCUAAAGGAGUAUUCAAAAAAGAGGAUGAUAUUGAUAUGCUUGGUGAAGAGUUUAGAAAAGCAUAUCAGAAAAGGAGUGAAAUUUGUAAAGAGAAGUGAUAUCAUCAAAAUUUGGUAAACCUGGAUUCUUUUGUAUUUUACCACUAGAUGUCAGUGUAACUUCUGUUUUACAAUUCAGUGAGGGUAGGAAUCCAUUGUCUUUGGAUUUUCUAAAACAUCUCUAUUUCAUCAUUUAUAAACAAUUAUUUGUAAGAAAACAUGUUUUUGAUAAAAAUUAAAUUACUGAGUAGUUUUUCACUGCAAAAUUAAUGGUAAAGUUAAUUGCUUUUAUUCAAACUAUUGUUUUUGUACUAAUAAUUUGAAGAUCUGAAUUCUACACCACACUCCAUAUAGAGA